AUGAUUUUUACUCAUUUUCGUUCUUCUUUAAUACGUGGCAUUCGAUAUUCAACUACUGCUAGUAAUGCUGCUACUACUAUAGUCCCUCUUCCACGAGGUAAAAUUCAAGAUGUUGAAAGUUUCAUGAAAGCCAUUGGUCGUAAUUGUGAAGAAGUUGCAAACAAAUUCGAGUCUUGGGAUAAAUUGUUCACAACAAAUAGUCAAAUCAUGAAAAAAGAAAUGGGUAUUGAAACAAAGCAAAGAAAAUAUAUCUUAAGUUGGGUAGAAAGAUAUAGAAAGGGUAUUGAUCCUUAUUCAAUUCCACUUCCUCGACCCAAGAAGAAAUAA